CAUUCAUUCUUUGCACAAUCUGUCCGGCACUUUAUACACCUACAACCAAGAGGUCACACGUAGCAAUCAUAUCAGACUCUGACAUGGCUGUCCAUGAGGUUGAGUUUAACUUAUCAACACAUCCAGAGAUUCGCUCCGUGAGAGAUUUGACGACUCGCGGCGAAAUCGAGGACUAUGAAACCGGGAAAUUCCUCCGCUCGUUCUUUUCCUAUAUCGAAAAAGAUGGUACCGUCUGGUAUGGUGAGUUACCGGGAGUUCGAAAAUACUACUUGACGGUGGAAAUUCUGCAACGCGAGCUGCGAAAGAUUCCCGAUGAGAAGAUCUAUCCGCUUUAUGACGAAAGGAUAUCUAUCGUCGCGUCGGAUGAACUUGAGCGGCAAAACUAUUAUAUCAAACGACCCAAAGUCUCGUGUGCAGGGAAUGAGUACACGCUGAAGCUCAUCCCUCGCAUGCUUCUCGAAGAAGCCGAGAUACUUGAGUUCCUUGGGAAAGACCAACAUCGUCACCCGAACAUUAUUAAAUACCAUGGCUGUACCGUCAAGCGUGGGCGUAUUACUGGACUUGCUCUCGAAAAAUACGAUGUUAUGUUGCAGUAUCGAUUUCAAGAUGACCCGCGUGAUCUGGAUAUUGCAGUUUGUAUGGACGGCCUACGCGCUGGGAUUGAGCACCUCCAUUCCCUAGGACUCGCGCACAACGACCUUAAUCCUACCAACAUUGCCCUGGAUACUGAAGAUAAUCCCAUCAUACUUGACUUUGGGUCAUGUAAAAGGUUUGGCGAAAAUCUUAUUUCAGCAGGCACGCCUGGCUGGAUUGAUGAAGAUUAUACUACGUCUGCGCAGCAGCAUGACCUUAUUGCUAUAGGCAAGAUCGAAGCAUGGAUUCGAGAAGAGAAUAAAAAGAGACAUUCGGACUAAUCGCCCAACCGUGUG